AACAGUGAGAGCUGAGAGCUGAACAUCUCCGCCUGCUUCCAGCAGAGAUUGCCUUGAUUGAGUUCACCUGUUCACCUGUUCACUUGUUCACUUCAGUCACUCACCUUGUUGACGUGCUGCUAAGAGGAAGGAAGACAAGCUCCUGUUUGGACUCAGAAGACGCAACUGUGAUUGCGAGCGAAGUGCGCCUUGCCGGCAGCGCGAGAGCAGGACGGCAUGGAGAACCAACACUACUUGCCGGAGCUGCUGGCCGAGAAGGGCACGCUGGACCCGGCUUUCCGACACUCCAUGCGGCUGCUGGACCAAGAGAUUGAGAAGGUGGAGAAGGAGGAGAAGGAGGAGGGCAAAGAGGAGGAGAAGUUCAUCGACGUGGUCGUCAACAAGAACAUGAAACUGGGACAGAAAGUUCUCAUCCCCGUCAAGCAGUUCCCCAAAUUUAACUUUGUGGGCAAACUUCUGGGACCGCGGAACUCGCUAAAGAGGGUGCAGGAGGACACGCUCACCAAGAUGUCCAUUCUGGGCAAAGGCUCCAUGAGGGACAAAGAAAAGGAAGAGGAACUGCGGCAGAGCGGCGAGGCCAAGUACCAACACCUGAACGAGGACCUGCACGUCCUCAUCGAGGUCUUCGCGCCGCCAGCCGAGGCCUACGCCAGGAUGGGCCACGCUUUGGAGGAGAUCAAGAAGUUCCUCAUCCCCGAUUACAACGAUGAGAUCAGACAAGCGCAGCUGCAGGAGCUGACCUACCUGAACGGAGGCUCGGAGGACGCCAAGGUGCCGUCAGCCAGAGGAAAGUCGGCCCCCCGUGCAAGAGGGACCCCAGUCCCGGGACCCCCCAGGACCCGAGGAGGCGUGCCCCCCCUGCACGCCGCCCCGCCCAGGGGGGCCGCCCCCAGAGCCCCGCCCAGCCGCACGCCGUCUGCCAGGGGGAGGGGGGUGCAGAGGGCCAGGGGAGCCCCCCCCACCGCAGCCUACCGGACACCUCCUCCCAUAGUCCAGGACACCUACGAUGACUAUGACUACGAUGACGGUUACGGCACGGCGUAUGACGACCAGGGCUACGAGUCCUACGACAACAACUACACUAAUCAAGGACAAAACUCGGACGACUAUUAUGAAUACGGACACAGCGCCGAGUCGUACGAGUCGUAUGGUGGAGAGGAAUGGUCCAAGGGUCGUGGAGAGGAAUGGUCCAAGGGUCGCGGGAAGGUCCGGUCAGCGAGGACGAGCAAAGGAGCGUUCAGAGAGCAGCCCUACUCUCGAUACUGAUCUCUGGCCAAGUAAUGCACUUUUCUACGCAGCUUUUUGGAUCUCAAAGCUGCUAAAACAUCAUAGAAGGACUGGGAAUGUUCUCAUGAAAGUGGGUCAUCAUCAUCAUCAUCACAACAACAACAACAACACCCGGCUCUUUUACCGGAUAAACUUGGAAUUUUACACUUAAGUUGGAAUCCAAAAACUUGCAUUCUUUUCCCACCUUAACCGCGCUAAAAUAUUCAUGACAAUCACCAUUUUAUUUUCACAGAGCAUCUUUUCCUCUCAACACCUUUUUCCUCUUUCUAAGGAUUUUUAGCCUAAAAUUCCAACUUUUUCCCCAUUUUAACUUAAACUUUAAACUAAAACUUGGACUUUUUUCACCAAAAUUUAAAACAUUUUUUUUUCCCUUAAAAUGAUGCGAAGAGUUCUUGUUACAUUUUUACUUAAUCUCGUUACAAAUUUAAAACAAGGACCAUU